AUGGCAGGGUGGGGUGAGACAGCCGAGGGAGGACGGAUCCAGACCCCAGAGGACGCUCACCACAAAGGGAGAGGCUCGCGGUGCCCAGCGGGGCCUGGGACAACUGGGCUGGAAGAACAGCAUUCUCGGACCACGGGGAAUAUGCCGCCGGACCCCGUAGCCAAUCAGCGGCCUCGGCCUUUCUGCCCUCGAGGGGGGCGGACCCGGGUAAAACCCUGCUGUGGUGGGAGAGGUGCAGAGAUUAGGGGUCAAGCACUUUGUCCUCCAUCCCAAACCAUUGCUCCCUGGUCCCAGAUACCAAGUGAGAUCCCUGAACUGGAAGAGGGAGUGCAUUGCAAAUCACCCAUUUAUAAUCGGCUUCUUUUGCAACCCAAAGGAGCAGGGGUUGGGCGUUGGAAUGCUGUCUUUUGGACUGAUUCCUGUAUCCACAGAUCAGGUCCAGCCUGCGGUGUCCACAAUGCCCCAGGCUUCCGAGCACCGCCUGGGCCGGACUCGAGAGCCACCUGUCAAUGUACAGCCCCGAGUGGGAGCCAAGAUACCAUUUCCUCCCCGGGCCCGCAGCAAGGAGCGCCGAAACCCAGUGCCUGGGCCAAACUCCAUGUUACGACCUUUGCCUCCCAGGCCAGGUCCCCCAGAUGAAAGGCUCAAGAAACUGGAGCUGGGUCGGGGUCGGACCUCAGGCUCUUGUCCUAGAGGCCCCCUUCGAGCAGAUCAUGGGGUUCCCUUGCCUGGCUCACCACCCCCAACUGUGGCUCUGCCUCUCCCAUCUCGGACCAACCUAGCCCGUUCCAAGUCUGUGAGCAGUGGGGACCUGCGUCCAAUAGGGAUUGCCUUGGGAGGGCACCGAGGCACUGGCGAGCUAGGGGCCGCACUGAGCCGCUUGGCGCUCCGGCCUGAGCCGCCCACUUUGAGACGUAGCACUUCUCUCCGGCGUCUUGGGGGCUUCCCUGGCCCCCCUACCCUGCUCAGCAUACGGACAGAGCCCCCUGCUUCCCAUGGCUCCUUCCACAUGAUAUCUGCCCGGCCCUCUGAGCCCUUCUACUCUGAUGACAAGAUGGCUCAUCACACACUGCUUCUGGGCUCUGGUCAUGUUGGCCUCCGAAAUCUGGGAAAUACAUGCUUCCUGAAUGCCGUGCUACAGUGUCUGAGCAGCACGAGGCCUCUUCGAGACUUUUGUCUGCGCAGGGACUUCCGGCAAGAGGUGCCUGGAGGAGGCCGAGCCCAGGAGCUCACAGAAGCCUUUGCAGAUGUGAUUGGUGCCCUCUGGCACCCCGACUCCUGUGAAGCUGUGAAUCCCACUCGAUUCCGGGCUGUCUUCCAGAAAUACGUUCCCUCCUUCUCUGGAUACAGCCAGCAGGAUGCCCAAGAGUUCCUGAAGCUCCUCAUGGAGCGGUUGCACCUUGAAAUCAACCGACGAGGCCGCCGGGCACCACCAAUCCUGGCCAGUGGGCCAGUUCCCUCUCCACCUCGCCGAGGAGGGGCUCUGCAUGAAGAACCUGAAUUAAGUGAUGAUGACCGAGCCAAUUUAAUGUGGAGGCGCUACUUGGAGCGAGAAGACAGCAAGAUUGUAGACCUGUUUGUGGGCCAGCUGAAAAGUUGCCUCAAGUGCCAGGCCUGUGGGUAUCGCUCCACCACCUUCGAGGUUUUUUGUGACCUGUCCCUGCCCAUCCCCAAGAAAGGAUUUGCUGGGGGCAAAGUGUCACUGCGGGACUGUUUCAGCCUUUUCACCAAGGAAGAAGAGCUAGAAUCGGAAAAUGCCCCAGUGUGUGACCGAUGUCGGCAGAAAACACGAAGUACCAAAAAGUUGACAGUACAACGAUUCCCCCGAAUCCUCGUGCUCCAUAUCCUAAUCUUUCAGUUCUUAUUUCUCUUAGGAUAUCUCCCAUACAUUGUUUCCUCACCUUCAUUGAGUUUUCCCUGGGAAAAACCUGCCACCCCAACUUUCCUUGCCAUCUUUCAGGACGUGCUGGGGGACUGGAGGGUGUUGGAUUUAUUACUGCUAUCUCCCUUAGAGACCCUCCGCCUCCCAAUGCUCCUUAACCAGGGCUUAGAUCUGAACCGGUUUUCCACCUCCCGAGGCUCCAUCAGGAAAAGCUCAGUGGGCGUGGACUUCCCACUGCAGCGGCUAAGCCUGGGGGACUUUGCCAGUGACAAAGCGGGAAGCCCUGUCUACCAGCUGUACGCCCUUUGCAACCACUCGGGCAGUGUCCACUACGGCCACUACACAGCUCUGUGCCGGUGCCAGACUGGUUGGCAUGUCUACAAUGACUCCCGUGUCUCCCCUGUCAGUGAAAAUCAGGUGGCGUCCAGUGAGGGCUACGUGCUGUUCUACCAACUGAUGCAGGAGCCACCUCGGUGCCUGUGACAUCAUCUUGAAGCCCUGUGAAAACCUUUUCAACACCCUUAAGCCCCCAGGCUCCCCACUUACCUCAGAGACGUCUAUUUUUGUGUCUUUUUAAUCGGGGAGGGGGGGGAGGGGUGGUUGUAGCUCCCAUUAUUUUUUUUAUUACGUACCCUUCCACCUUGUUUUCCUGUCCCAUGUACAGAGCUCACCAGACCCUUGACCAUGUACAGCCCCCAGAACCUCUGCAAUCUCAC